CGCUGCCUCCUCCGCGCCGCGUCCUCUGCCGGUCUCAGUCCUCGCGGCACGCCGUUGCCUCUUUCUCCGGGAGAACGUCCCGCGCUCGCAGCGGUCGCCGCACUCCGGGGCCAGCUCUCGGCGGCCAGCGCUCCGCACAGCGUCUCCCUCCGCGUGCCCGUCUCUGCUGCGGUCGCGGCCUCUCAGAGCUCCGGGGCGGGCCAUGGAGGCAGACGGGGCUGGCGAGCAGAUGAGACCGCUACUCACGCGGGGUCCAGAUGAAGAAGCUGUUGUGGAUCUUGGCAAGACUAGCUCAACUGUGAACACCAAGUUUGAAAAAGAAGAAUUAGAAAGUCAUCGAGCUGUGUAUGUUGGUGUUCAUGUACCAUUUAGUAAAGAGAGUCGUCGGCGUCACAAGCAUCGAGGGCACAAACAUCACCACCGGAGAAGAAAAGAUAAAGACUCAGAUAAAGAAGAUGGACGGGAAUCUCCUUCUUAUGACACGCCAUCGCAGAGGGUGCAGUUCAUCCUCGGGACCGAAGACGACGAUGAGGAGCACAUUCCUCACGACCUCUUCACAGAGAUGGAUGAGCUGUGCUACCGAGAUGGAGAAGAGUACGAAUGGAAGGAGACGGCCAGGUGGCUGAAAUUUGAAGAGGAUGUUGAAGAUGGUGGUGACCGAUGGAGUAAACCCUAUGUGGCAACUCUGUCUUUGCAUAGUCUCUUUGAAUUGAGGAGUUGUAUCCUGAAUGGAACAGUCAUGCUGGAUAUGAGAGCAAGCACUCUUGACGAAAUUGCAGAUAUGGUGUUAGACAACAUGAUAGCAUCUGGCCAGCUAGAUGACUCCAUAAGGGAGAACGUCAGAGAAGCUCUUCUGAAGAGACAUCAUCAUCAAAAUGAGAAAAGGUUUACGAGUCGGAUUCCCCUGGUUCGAUCUUUUGCAGAUAUAGGCAAGAAACAUUCUGACCCUCACUUGCUUGAAAGGAAUGGGGAAGGCCUGUCAGCCUCCCGCCAUUCUUUGCGAACAGGUCUGUCUGCCUCAAACCUUUCCUUGAGAGGAGAAUCGCCUUUGUCCCUUCUUCUCAGCCAUCUUCUUCCUUCUUCAAGAGCUGGCACCCCUGCAGGCUCAAGGUGUACCACCCCAGUACCCACUCCCCAGAGCAGUCCUCCCUCCACCCCCGACUUAAGUCGCCUGGCCUCCAGAAGUUUCCAACAGACUCAGCCUCAGGCCCCAGAAGUACUGGUGUCACCUGACAGGGAUGAUAUUCCCAGAGUAGUAAUCCAUCCGCCUGAGGAAGACAUAGAAGCACUCAAAGGCCAAGAGCAGAAGAAGGAGGAAAAUACUGACUUCACUCCAGGGAUUUUGGCUUCUCCACAGUCUGCUCCUGGAAACUUGGACAAUAGUAAAAGUGGUGAAAUGAAAGGUAACGGAAGUGGAGGAAGCAGAGAAAAUAGUACUGUUGACUUUAGCAAGGUUGACAUGAAUUUCAUGAGGAAAAUUCCUACAGGAGCUGAGGCAUCCAAUGUUUUGGUAGGAGAAGUGGACUUCUUGGAGAGACCUAUCAUUGCAUUUGUGAGACUGGCUCCUGCAGUUCUCCUCUCAGGGCUGACUGAGGUCCCUGUGCCCACCAGGUUUUUGUUUCUGUUACUGGGCCCAGCAGGGAAAGCCCCACAGUACCAUGAAAUUGGCAGAUCCAUAGCUACUCUCAUGACAGAUGAGAUUUUUCAUGAUGUGGCUUAUAAAGCAAAAGAUCGAAAUGACCUCCUGUCUGGAAUCGAUGAGUUCUUAGAUCAAGUCACUGUCCUUCCUCCAGGGGAGUGGGACCCUUCCAUCCGCAUAGAGCCUCCAAAGAGCGUCCCUUCUCAGGAGAAAAGGAAGAUUCCUGUGUUUCCCAAUGGAUCUGCUCCAAUGUCUGUUGACCCUCCUAAGGAGGAUGGUCACCAUGCUGGGCCCGAGCUGCAGAGGACUGGACGGCUUUUUGGUGGUUUGAUACUUGACAUCAAAAGGAAAGCACCUUUUUUCUUGAGUGACUUCAAGGAUGCAUUAAGUCUGCAGUGCCUGGCCUCGAUUCUUUUCCUAUACUGUGCCUGUAUGUCUCCUGUAAUCACUUUUGGAGGGCUGCUUGGAGAAGCUACAGAAGGCAGAAUAAGUGCAAUAGAGUCUCUUUUUGGAGCAUCAUUAACUGGGAUUGCCUAUUCAUUGUUUGCUGGGCAACCUCUAACAAUACUGGGGAGCACAGGUCCAGUCCUAGUGUUUGAAAAAAUUUUAUUUAAAUUCUGUAGAGAUUAUCACCUUUCCUAUCUAUCAUUAAGAACCAGUAUUGGUCUGUGGACAUCUUUCUUGUGCAUUGUAUUGGUCGCAACAGAUGCAAGCAGCCUUGUGUGUUACAUUACUCGGUUCACAGAAGAAGCUUUUGCGGCUCUCAUUUGUAUCAUAUUCAUCUAUGAAGCUUUGGAGAAACUCUUUCAUUUAGGAGAAAUAUAUGCAUUUAAUAUGCACAACAACUUGGAUGAAUUGACCAGUUACACAUGUGUAUGUGCUGAGCCAUCUAACCCUAGCAACGAAACCCUAGAACUGUGGAAGAGGAAGAAUAUAACAGCAUACAGUAUUUCCUGGGGAAACCUUACUGUUUCUGAGUGUAAGACCUUCCAUGGUAUGUUUGUGGGAUCAGCUUGUGGGCCGCAUGGGCCUUAUGUUCCUGACGUGCUCUUCUGGUGUGUCGUCUUGUUUUUCACGACGUUCUUUCUGUCUUCAUUCCUCAAGCAGUUUAAGACCAAGAGAUAUUUUCCUACCAAGGUACGAUCAACAAUCAGUGACUUUGCUGUAUUUCUCACAAUAGUAAUAAUGGUUGCAAUUGACUACCUUGUAGGAAUUCCGUCUCCUAAACUUCAUGUUCCUGAAAAGUUCGAGCCCACUGAUCCAAGUAGGGGCUGGAUCAUAAGCCCUUUGGGAGAUAACCCUUGGUGGACCUUACUAAUUGCAGCAGUCCCAGCUCUCCUUUGUACUAUUCUCAUCUUUAUGGACCAGCAGAUCACAGCUGUAAUCAUCAACAGAAAAGAACACAAACUCAAGAAAGGAGCUGGCUAUCACCUUGACUUGCUUAUGGUUGGUGUCAUGUUGGGAGUCUGCUCUAUCAUGGGCCUGCCGUGGUUUGUGGCUGCAACAGUGUUGUCUAUAAGUCAUGUCAACAGCUUAAAAGUAGAGUCUGAAUGUUCUGCUCCAGGGGAACAGCCCAAGUUUCUGGGAAUUCGUGAACAGCGAGUUACAGGGCUGAUGAUUUUUAUCCUGAUGGGCCUCUCUGUGUUCAUGACUUCAGUAUUAAAGUUUAUCCCAAUGCCAGUUUUGUACGGUGUUUUUCUUUAUAUGGGAGUUUCAUCGUUGAAAGGAAUUCAGUUUUUUGACCGUAUCAAGUUAUUUGGAAUGCCUGCCAAGCACCAGCCCGACCUAAUCUACCUCCGCUAUGUCCCCCUGUGGAAGGUGCACGUGUUCACGGUCGUCCAGCUGACCUGCCUAGUCCUGCUGUGGGUGAUCAAAGCCUCUGCUGCUGCAGUAGUAUUUCCCAUGAUGGUUCUUGCAUUAGUCUUUGUGCGCAAGCUCAUGGAUCUCUGUUUCACAAAGAGAGAACUCAGUUGGCUUGAUGACCUCAUGCCAGAAAGUAAGAAAAAGAAAGAAGAUGACAAAAAGAAAAAAGAGAAAGAGGAAGCUGAACGGAUGCUUCAGGAUGAUGAGGAUACUGUGCACCUUCCAUUCGAAAGAGGGAGUCUCCUGCAAAUCCCAGUGAAAACUCUAAAAUAUAGUAUUGACCCUUCAGUUGUUAACAUAUCAGAUGAAAUGGCCAAAACUGCCCAGUGGAAGGCACUUUCCAUGAAUACUGAGAAUGCCAAAGUAACGAGACCUAACACGAGCCCUGAAAAGCCUGUGAGUGUGACAAUAAAUUUCGAAGAUGAACCGUCAAAAAAAUACAUGGAUGCUGAAACUUCAUUGUAAAGUCAAACCAAAAGGAAUAUAUAGAGAUAUAUGCCUAUCUGUAUAUAUACACAUAUAUAUGUAUAAAAAGCACAUGUGCCAUGCCAUUAUGUAUAACAGUACUUUGGGGCUUUUUCAAGUAGCGUCAGAUAUUUGUUGUGGACACCAUGGAGACUGCAUUAAUUAAGUGCUCUCUUAGAAGCAAGGUUCAUGAAUUUUUACUCCAGAUUUUUUUUGGGGGGGUGGGGUAAAGCCUUUCUGUUAUGCAAUAGAAAGAUGUGGAGAACUGCGUUUAAUCUGCUUUUCUUUAAUCUGUCAGUGGCAAUCAAUCAUAUCAAUCUUAAGUGAUACAAUCUUAAGUCUACAUACUUAAAAAUUUGACCUGAAUUUCAAAAGAUUUUUGUUUUCCCUUUUGGUAGUGUUUAUAGGUAGAAUAAGGAGCCUGCCCAUGUGGUGGGAAAAUGACAUGUCCUGGCUUCUCUGUGGGCUUUCUUCACAUAACUGUCAAUCAUACUUCACAGGUUAGUGGAGAUUUUCUAAGAAGGAACUUUAUGUCUUAGGAGUUAUUUUUAAAUUUUAAAACUUUCUGAGUUUCCAUUUUGAUGGACAGGUUAAAAAUUUUUAUGUUAAAAAUUUUUAUGUCACUUCUAAUUUAACACCCACACAAGUCAUAACGUUUUCAGUUUUAAAACCUAUGAAGUGCCCAUUUACAAUAGUUAAAUAUUGUUAUUUUUGUGGCAGGGCUUUUCCGGUACUCAGUACUUGCCUAGAAAGCCGAGUCCCACUGCUCUUUGUGUUUGUUUUCUUUACUUGGGUGGUCUGGCGUGCCAGGCUCAGGUGUCUUUCUGUUGUAAGUGGUAAUAAAGACUCGGCAACCUUUCCAGUAGGCUUGUGACCAGUGUGCCUGUAGAAGAAUUACCUUUCAUUUUCUGUGCGCAUCCUUUUCUAUUUAUAUACAGUGUAUUUAAUUGGUUACUACCCAUAGUUUCCUUUUAAAAUAUUUUAUUUAUUAUAGUUGAUGUGAUACUUAAAUAUAUAAAUAUUUGAGACAGUAAAAAUAUAGAGUAAAUUGUUCCUGUUGUAGAUAUUUGGUGCUUGCAUUUCUUUUCACAUCCUGAAAGCAGGUGACAAAUUUUACAUCUUUACUACAAAGCACUGCCAUAUUUAUAUUUUUAAAAGGAAGUUGGUUAUUUCCUGUACAGCUCAGAUCAAUGGCAUUUUUUUCUGUUUUGUGAUAGCAUUGUGUUUCCAAUAUUUCUGAGCUGUUUCUUAAACAUGUAACAAAUAUUCAUAGCUCCCCACAAAAUAAGUAAAUGCUAUUUUAGCCUUUGGGAUGGAAUGUUUGGGACCAUGAAACUUGAUUUGGCAAGAGGAUAGAUAAUCCAUAGAAAUGGUGAGGAACAGUAGAAACACCGAAGGUGAUGAAACGUGAAGGUUCAGGCAAGUAUUUUAAGGAAAUGUUCUCUAAUGUUCUCUAGCCACUGCAAACUAAACUUUAAACGUGUGAAGAAACCGAUCUUUAAAUCCAAUGCAUAGAAUUGCCCCCGGUGGAUUAUGUUUAGCAAGUGUGAAAUCAUUUUAAUUUAUUCUAAACAAUGUACCAAUUAAUGUAAUUCCCCCAUCUGAGAUCAUGUAGUUGAAUUCUUCUUAGAAUAGUAGCUGGCAGCAUUUGGUACGAUCUGACGAGUUCUAUUGGGCUUCUUAGCAUGUGAUAGGGAAGGUUGCCAUGGUGCUUAUGGUCAUAGGUGACCUCCAUUGAAGGGGUUCCUUUGCACUCAGCAGCACAUUCAUUUCCAAAGUUCCCGUUUGCUGCUAAAUAACCCUACCCCCACCCCUGAUGUACCCAAACAAGAGAAUUUCCUCACACCACUUUCUUGUGUAAGGACAUCAAAGGGUUAAAUCUAUUUUACAGGAAGUGAUUUUAAAAUUUAAACUGAAAACUACCUGUUAUGAUAAUCUUCCUGGGAUUUAUUGAAUUAUAUGUGUAUUAUACAGUGCCAGGGGUGGAAAAACCAUGACUUACAGAUAUUUUGUAUCUAAGAUGUUUCACUGUGGUUUUGGUUAUUAAUGGCUUCUGCUUUCUUUUGACUACUUGACUUACAAAGUGAUCUAACAGGACUACUCCCCUGAAGAGCAGAGGUAAUUUACUGCUUCUUUCAGGCCAUUACAUUUCUUGUGCUAUUUUUGAAAAUAACAAUCAUGAAUAACAUUCAUUGCAAGACAGCAAGAGAGAUAAUUUUAAAUAUAUAUACAUAUAUAUGUGUGUGUGUGUAUAUAUAUAUAUAUAUAUAUAUUUUAAUGCUGCCUUAAAUAGGUGUAUAUGAGCAGUAGUAAUUGCUAUGUACUGAUUUACCUCAAGGUGCAAAAUAAUUAAAUUUGUACAUACCCAUUUACAGAAUAAGUUCAGAGACACAGCCCUGCACUUUCUUAGAUGCCUUGAUUUUCAGACGGAGCUUAGUGCUACUGAACACCACGGCCAUGGGGCCACCUCAGGACGUUCUUCCUUCCACCAUAUUUUAUUUAUUUAUAGAUGUCCGUUUACAAAGACUAUAAUGAAACCUGGUGUAAACUAUCUGAUACUUAUUUCCUUUCUAUUGCUAUUUCAAUCUAAAGCAGGAGCUUUUGAGAAAACAGUAAACUAGCUUCCCAAUGCUAAAGGGUUGAUUCUAUAUAUAUUUUUAAUAAUAUUAGAUAUGCAAAAGUUAAAGUACAAGGUCUUUAAAAUAUUGUGUGAGUGUUUGUGUAUGUGUAUGAAAUCACUCUUAACUCUCUUAACUUUUUUAAAACUUGUGGCAUACCAAUGUUCAGAUUUGCCAAGCUUUCUCUAAAACAUGUAGGAUGAAAUGUUUUUGUGUGUUAAUGCAUGUAUUUAUAAAGAUUUGUUUACUGCUGAGAAUCACUAACUCUUUGUUUUCAUCCCCAAAGUGUUUGUUUCUUCCACAUACUGGAAGGCUUGGCUUGAGUAUAAGCUUUCUGGGUUUCCUUUCACAAAGGCACGUUCAAAAUUGUUCAGAAAGAAGAAUGGUCUCUGACAGUGAGGUGUGAUGUCAGAGCUUUCUGAAGUUUGAGCAGUGUGUGCAGCUCAGCAGCUCUGCAUCUGUGUCCUGACAGAGCGCUCAGAGUCAGAUAUGUGAGCCAUUAAUAGAACAUUGUAAUUCAGAGUGUUUAUUUAAGUAACUUACAUGUCUGAAAUUUAUUUAUGUAGAUUCCAUCAUUGUUAUCAUUUGUGUGCAAAUACAUGAACUGUCUUCAUUUAGUCCCAACAAUUAUUUAUUUUUAGAAAGUAAACUUAAAGCCAAGCUGCAUUCAACUUUUAAAAUAGUGUUCUAAUCAUAAGAUGUGAUCAUUUAAAUUGUAAGGUCUCUUUUAACUUUCUGGAAAGUAAAUUGUCAAAAGGAAUCAUGUAAAGAUUAUUUUACAUUUUUAACCUGUAUGUACUUAGAGUGUAAGCCCCAGUUCUGUGGUUUCUAAUCAUUUUUUGCACAUUCAUUGUUUCUGUUCUGUAGCUUUUCUUUUGCUCCUUUGGUUUUGGCUUUGUAGGGGUAAGGUGUCUUCCAAUGUUUACUAUGUUAGGCUUAAAUUAAAAUUUAAAUUUAUUGUCCAUUUAUAUAAUAUUUGAUACCUUGGUGUAACUUCUCAAUACAAGUACAAUUUUUAUGACAUUUAUAAUUACAAUGGUAUUUUCUUUUAUAAUAAAAUCCAAAGUCAAUUAAACAAAUUGUAGACCUGAUAUUUUUCAUCUAUAUGAAGUACAAGUCUCUACCUGAGUCUAUAAUGUGAACCAUCCUGCCUUUCACAUUUGUUUCCGAAUUGUUAGAGAAAACUAUUUUCUGUAGAUGUUAUUGUAAGUUGAAAGAGCAAUAAAAGUCUACAUAUCACGCCCUUG